AUGAAGAAAUACUGGCCCGAGAGCAACUACAUCAACUUGAACCACGGCUCACUCGGCUUCACGCCCGUCUGCGUCAUCGAAGCAAAGAUGAAAAUGUUGUGGCAGAUGAACGCCCGCCCCGACCCCUGGGAUCGGCGACACACCUUGCCGAUGCUCAGUGCAGUACGCGAAGAGGUCGCACCCCUGCUGGGCACAGUGGGUGACAACGUCUUAAUCAUGAAGAAUGCCAGGCAAGCCAUCAAUACGAUCCUAUACAACCUAAAAUACGAGCCAGGGGACAUCAUUGUCAUGUACUCGACGACGUUCUCCUCCAUCUCGCAGAUGAUAAAGUGCGUGUGCGACAGGAAUGAAGGCGUUCGCGUCGAGAUCAUUGACGUCACUUUCCCCUGCGAUCACUCGGAGAUUGUCGAGGCUACCGAAGCAGUGCUCCGCAAGUACAACAAGCCGACUGGUGUCACUCGCGGUGGAGACAAGUCCACAGUCUCGCAUGGUGUGGUGGACAAGGAGCGCGUGCGCCUCGUCGUCAUGGACGGAAUCUCUUGCGUUCCCGGCGUCAUCAGUCCUUGGGAGGACAUUACCCGCUCCUGCCACAAGUACGGAGCGCUGUCACUCGUUGAUGGUGCCCACCUAAUCGGGCAGCAAUCCGUCGACGUCAAGAAGGCUGACCCCGACUUCUUCGUCUCCAACAUGCACAAGUGGCUGUACGCCCACCUCUCUAACUCAAUCACAUACAUCGCCCCGCGGAACCAGAUCCUCAUCCGCACCUCGUUCCCAACAGGCAACUAUUACGAGUCGGAAAAGUAUCCGAGGCCAGGUCGACCAUGGCUGUUCGCCGAACAGUUCAACUUUAACGGCACCAUUGACUUGUCGUCCUAUCUCACUAUACCUGUAGCGCUCAAGUUCCGCCGCGACAUUGGUGGCGAGGAGCGUAUCAUUGCGUACAGCCGCUCGAUAGCUCUUGUCGGCGGCAAGCGCCUUGCGAAACGCUGGUCGACAUCGAUUCUGGAGAACGGGCGCGGCGAGCUUACAGCUUGCAUGGUCAACGUCGAGCUGCCGAUCGCAGUGCCGAGAGACACCGAGGAGCAAAUGAUGAUGCAGUUAUGGAUGGAGGACAUGCUGAUGGAAGCCGACAUUUUUGCAACGAUGUAUGUGCACAACGGCAAGUGGUACACCCGUAUCUCGGGCCAGGUGUGGGUAGAGUUGUCAGACUUCGACCUCCUGGGAGACGCGUACGACGAGCUUGCAGAGGCCGUGCUCCGCGGCGAGCACCUCCACAAGCGGCCACCUCUGACGAUGCUCGACUACUGA